GAAAACUCUCUCUCCUCCAAGAAAGUUCUCUCUUCGCCAAGAAACACCAGUAGACAACAAUGGCGAGACCCUUUUGCUUUUGGCUACAGUACUUUGCGCUCCUGAUGUCCUUCGGUACAAUCGUUUCUUAUGCUAGAUCACCACUACAUCAUCCUCACCAAGCCCCAAGUUAUCUCAAGUUUGUGUUCAACGCCACCGAACUCCCACAAGAAGACUACUAUGAUUACAUCAUUGUUGGAGGCGGCACUGCUGGGUGCCCAUUGGCGGCAACACUUUCGCGGACAUACAAAGUACUUGUGCUUGAGCGAGGGGGAAUCCCCUACGGCAAACCCAAUUUGAUGAACCACGAAGGUUUCUUGACAACACUCAUGGACGCCAAUCCAUACGACUCUCCUGCCCAAGCCUUCACAUCUGAAGAAGGGGUCUUAAACGCCCGAGGGCGUGUUCUUGGCGGCAGCACCGCCAUAAACGCCGGGUUCUACAGCCGAGCUGAUCGUGAUUUUUAUCAGAAAUCUGGUGUGAAUUGGGAUCAUAAAGUUGUGAACAAGUCCUAUGAGUGGGUUGAGAGGGCAAUUGUGUUUAGACCGGAGCUCAGGGAUUGGCAAUCGGCGGUUCGAGAUGGGUUAUUGGAAGCAGGUGUUGAUCCCUUUAACGGGUUUAGCUUGGAUCACUUGGCGGGAACCAAGAUUGGCGGUUCCAUUUUUGAUACUUCAGGGAGGAGACACACUGCCGCCGAUCUCCUGAGUUACUCAAAACCUUCCAACAUUAAGGUUUCUGUGUAUGCAAGCGUGGAAAGAGUACUACUGGCUUCAUCUUCCCCGCAUGCCGGCUCACGGCUGUCGGCAAUCGGAGUUGUAUAUCGUGAUCAUAUGGGGAGGUUUCACCAUGCUUUAGUAGGUAAACACGGUGAGGUGAUACUCUCGGCCGGUGCCAUUGGAACCCCGCAGCUAUUGCUGUUGAGCGGCAUUGGUCCGCGGACUUAUCUGUCGUCUUGGGGGAUUCCGGUGGCUCAUCACCUUCCCUAUGUUGGGCAGUUCCUUUACGACAAUCCGCGGAAUGGAAUCUCAAUUGUGGCCCCAAUCCCUCUGGAACAGUCGCUGAUACAGGUGGUUGGGAUAACUGAAUCAGGGGCUUACAUCGAAGCAGCUUCCAAUGUCAUCCCUUUCGCAUCCCCUGCUCGCUCAGUUUUCAUUCGGACACCAUCGUCACCUCUGUAUCUCCCCGUGGCUACUCUCAUGGAGAAGAUUAUUGGGCCACUUUCAACCGGAUCGCUGAGACUGGCUUCGACAGAUGUGAGGGUGAAUCCAAUUGUUCGAUUCAACUAUUUUAGCAACCGGGUGGACCUUGAACGCUGCGUGAAUGGCACUCGCAUGAUUGGGAAUGUGCUGAGGAGCCGGUCUUUGGAGAAUUUCAAGUUCAGGGACUGGUUUGGCGGUCGCAGUUUUAGGUUCGUGGGACCUCCGUUGCCUGUCGAACAGUCAAACCGCCGUGCAAUGGAAGACUUCUGCCACCGCACGGUUAGUACCAUAUGGCACUACCAUGGUGGCUGCGUUGUGGGGAAGGUGGUUGAUCGUGACUUCCGGUUGAUUGGGAUUGAUGCGCUCCGAGUUGUUGAUGGGUCCACGUUUGGUGUGUCGCCGGGGACAAAUCCACAGGCUACAGUAUUGAUGCUUGGACGAUACAUUGGAUUGAAGAUACUCAGAGAGCGGAUGAGAUAUAAAUCAUGAUCAUCAUGCAGAAGUAGUGGUUUUUUUUUUUUUUUUCAUUCAAAAUAAUACGAGAAUGUAGUCAAAAUAAAAGCUGAACAAUGAAUGUGG